AUGAACUCGAUACUUUCGCGCUUUGAUCAGUCGGCGAGCUCGUCCUUUGGCGGCGACGCCAUGCACACAGGCUCCAGCUCGGCACACGACCAGAUGAUGGGAGCCCCAGGUCAAUUCGACCUCCCCAACAUGGACCCGGCCACGUUCCUGUCCCAGUACACCGACGUCGACUCCUCCAACCCGGCUGCGAAGAUCAAGCUUGCGCACGGUACCACCACGCUCGCCUUCCGCUUCAAGGGCGGCAUCAUCGUCUGCGUCGACUCGAGAGCCACCGCCGGAUCCUACAUCGCCUCAGGAACAGUAAAGAAGGUCAUCGAGAUCAAUCCGUAUCUGCUGGGAACCAUGGCUGGUGGUGCUGCCGACUGUCAAUACUGGGAGACCUAUUUGGGCAUCCAGUGCCGAUUGCACGAGCUGCGCAACAAGGAACGCAUCUCGGUCGCCGCUGCGAGCAAGUACCUGAGCAAUCUCGUGUACAGCUACAAGGGCAUGGGUCUGUCGAUGGGCACCAUGAUCUGCGGCUGGGACAAGACCGGUCCCGCGCUCUUCUACGUCGACUCGGACGGCACGCGUCUCAAGGGCGACGUCUUCAGUGUUGGAUCCGGUUCAACGUUUGCGUACGGUGUGCUCGACCAGGGGUACAAGUGGGAUUUUUCGGACGAAGAUGCGCAGGAGCUCGGACGACGCUCCAUCUAUGCUGCUGCUCACCGUGACGCCUAUUCGGGUAACACGGUCAACCUCUACCAUGUGCGCGAAAAUGGUUGGGAGUUCAUUGACAACUACGACGUCUCGAAGCUGCACUACGACGGACCAGGCGACAACGUGCCAGGCGCGCCAGGCGGAGGGUACGGCUGGGAGGUGCGAACCAAGGGUCUCUCGUCCAAGCUCGAGGCACAGCCAGGACAGAGCGUCAGUGGUCAGGGUGGACAAUUCGCAGACGAACAGCCGCUCGCUGCUCAGAUCAACCCUGAGCAAGCAUGA